GCUAUAGUGACGGUACAGCGUUCAAAGUGUGUGAGAGAAGAUAAUUUCUUCUCUUGUGUUUGUUUGGACUCAACAUUGUGGAGUCAACGUCGUGGCUAACUCGUUCCUGACUGAAAUAAUAACUUUUAUUACAGUCUUGUGAAUACUCAUACAACGUUAAGGGCAGUAACGUGCAGUGUCGUGUGCAAUCUAUAAAUUAGGCAGCUGCAAGCACAACGCCGACGGACUGUCAGGACGGGACGAAUCGCAAAAUGGCGAUGAACCUUGAAGAUUAUUUUCGAACUGUCUAUGAAGACAAGCUGCUUGUUAAGAUGCCGGAGAGGGAGGACGAGUAUCUGACGCCAGCAACACAACUCAUGGAGAAGAGGAGGGAGAUGAGCGAGGUUGAGCAGGCACUGGCAGCACAGAAAGAGGAGUUCCAGAUGAAGAUGGAGAGCCUGCAGCAGCGCAGAGAAGAGCUGGAGAGGAAGGAGGAGCAGCUUAAGGAGUCCCUGCUGAAAUUCAACAAGUUCCUCAAAGAGAAUGACUCUAAGCGGAGCCGCGCUGUGAAGAAGGCGUGUGAUGCGAGGGAGAUAGCGCAGCAGAAGAACAGGGAUGCAGAGAGGCUGGGAGAGGAGAUGGCUAUCCUGGAAGCUAAAAAGGAGCGCCUGCAGAGGAAAGUGGAGAGGAACGCCAUCUUCUGGAAGUACCUGGAGAAAGUGACCAAGAAAUCGGAAAAGCUCCAGGAGAUCCGUGAGAUGAUUGGCCGCUUUGACACGCUGAUCUCCACUCGGGAGCAGCUGCUGCACAAAGCCAGUGACAACCAGGAGAAGCUAGAGAGCCAGCGGCUGGAACUGCAUCACUUCACAGAGGACAAGAGCAACCAGGUCCUGUAUUACAACAACGAGCUGGCCACCCUGCAGGGGUGCCUGGACCAGGCCUGCUCCAACGCUGUCAAAUGGGAAUCAAAGUGGAACCACAUCCAGAACACAGCAGCCAAGAAGACCCUCCUUCUGGGACAGAUAAAGAUGGCUGCUCUGAACCUGUUUCAGCUGGUGAACAAGCAGGCAGGAGAGCAGGAGGUUGAGAUCCCCAUCGAGGACACGGACGGGCAGCUGGACAGGAUUAAGAUGUUCAUCGUGGACCAGACGGAUAUCCUCCAUGAUCUGAAGAGCAUGGACGCCAAUCCCACCUCAAAUACACUGUCGAACAACCAGUAGAAGACAAUUUAAGAACACUCAGGAGAAUGCAAUCCCCAUAUCAAUUUCACCUUGGAGAGACACCAGACAAUGAGACAGGAGCCUGCUACCACUCUACUAGAUAUGGAUCAUUUUCAAAUAGAAAAAUGAAAGCCCUGCACAUCUGCACUACCAUUGGGAAACAUGUUUAAGCCCCUAAUGAACCGGAUUAUGGCCUGUUCCUAUGAUACUGUAGAGCUACCUUCCUCCCUGCCUGCCAUUCUACUUCUAGAAAAGCUUGGGGCUUUCCUUCUUGAAGUAUCUGUAUGGAGCAAACCCUAAAAAAAAAAAAAAAAAAGAAAGAAAACCAAACCAUUCAUUAACAGCUUUGAUACAAAAACUUAAUGUGUGAAACCUUUUAAAGGGAAAUGUAAAGACCAGGAAGUGAUAGUAAUUCAUAUUAGGAAAGCUGUGAAGUUGUUUAUUUAGCUCCAUGUGCUUUAAACGCUUAAUAUCUGUAGUUGGAUGAUUUGUAUAGGAAAUGCAUUAAGGGUGGGAGGGCAAGGUAUGAACAAGUAACAAUGGUUAAAGAAAUUAUUUGUAGUUUUAAAUAAAGCAGUGUGUCAGGA